AUGACGUGUGACGUCUGUGAAACCAUCAUCGACAUAUACUCAGCGGGCUUCGAAGAAUGGGAUGAAGAGAUCCUCGGGGAAGUCUCGACGGUGCUAAACAGCAACUGUCCUCAUGCAGAGUCCCUCCGUCGAGCCGCCAACUUUGACAGACCAAUAACCGACUUCCCGAAUGAGCUCUUGGCUAUAAAGAAGGAAGGGAAGCAGACGGGUGUCCGGUUGGGGCUGGCUCACUUGACCCCUGAAGAUGAAAUCAUCUUUGAUAAUAUCUCUACGACUUAUAUGGACCUUGUUUCACCGAGAGGUUCGGUCGACCACCCAGGACAGGGCAUCUUGCCUGACCCGAAGUGGAUUGAUCUCGAUAUCAUUCGUGGUUGGUUCUCCGCCUGCAAGAAUUCACACCAGUCACAAUGCGGUGAGCCACCUUGGCUGAAAGGAGUCGAGCCUGCCGAUCCCGAAUGGUUCAUCGACGUGGUUGACAACUGCAUUGUAUCUCCUCCAGGAAGGGGAGUGGACUACGUUGCCUUGUCAUACACCUGGGGCCUGGGUCGGAAUCUCAAGAACACAAAGGUCACACUCAACGAGCUGAGACAGCCCGGGGCCCUACGAGAGCCAAAGUUUGCAAGCCAACUACCAGAGACUAUUCGAAACACCAUAGACAUUGUUAAAUUACUCGGCGAACGAUAUCUCUGGGUUGAUGCCCUGUGUAUCAUCCAAGAUGACCCCGCAAGUCUUGGUCGGAAUCUGAACCAAAUGCAGCUUAUUUACGCAAAUUCGACCUUUUGCGUCAUGGCGGCUACUGGAUAUGGCGCUGAGUUUGGACUCCGUGGUCUUAAGGGCCUCUCUCCAGAGAGAGACCUCGAAAUGCGCAUCUACGAUCUAGCAGAUGGCAAUAAGUUGAUAGCCAAGCCUCUGUCGCAGGACCCGACUGCGGGGACCAAGUACUCGUAUCAUCAGCGAGGCUGGACCUUUCAAGAGUGGCUCUUCUCCCGUCGACGCUUGGUAUUCAAUCACGGCCCUCUCGUGUGGCAAUGCCAAUGCGCCCGGUGGCAAGAGACAUUCAACAUUAAUCCGGAAGCUGAUGCUCAGUGGGGUCGAAUGUCUCGAACCAAGGAGUCUGCUCUGGAUCCUUCACCGAGUAUCUGGGAUUUCAUGUCAAUGGCCUCAACGUUCAACACCAAAGCACUGACUAUGCAGGAAGAUGCACCGAGAGCUUUUGCGGGGAUACAGGCUAUGCUUCAUCGAGUACACCCCGGCGGCUUGCUAGAAGACAAGGAUCAAACGCAGCGAAUGUACUUCAGGAUGGACUCCCAAGCUGGUCAUGGCUAG